CGAGGUCUAGGCUGCGCGUGGCAGUCAUGUCGGCCAUCGGGACAGUAGGGCCCGGGCCCAUGGGGGGCACCAGCGCCCCCUCCUCGGCCACGGACGGGGGUCCUGCCCGGGGGAAUUUGUUCCGGCCCAUCAGCGCCGAGGACGAGGAGCAGCAGCCCACCGAGAUCGAGUCGCUGUGCAUGAACUGUUAUCGCAACGGCAUGACGCGCAUCCUGCUUACCAAAAUCCCCUUCUUCAGAGAAAUCAUAGUGAGCUCUUUUUCCUGCGAGCACUGCGACUGGAACAACACGGAAAUCCAGUCGGCAGGCAGGAUCCAGGACCAGGGAGUGCGCUACACUUUGACCGUCCAGGCCCAAGAGGACAUGAACAGAGAAGUGGUGAAGACUGACUCUGCCACAGCAAGGAUCCCUGAGCUGGAUUUUGAAAUUCCUGCUUUCAGCCAGAAAGGAGCUCUGACUACUGUUGAAGGAUUGAUCAGCCGUGCUAUCUCUGACCUGGAGCAGGACCAGCCUACACGAAGAGCAAAUGAAGAAACCAUAGCUGAAAGAAUUGAUGAGUUCAUUGUCAAACUGAAGGAGCUAAAGCAGGUGGCCUACCCUUUCACUCUGAUCAUUGAUGAUCCAUCAGGGAACAGCUUUGUGGAAAACCCAUUUGCUCCCCAGAAAGAUGAUGCACUGGUGAUCACACACUAUAACCGGACUUCAAAGCAAGAGGAGAUGCUGGGACUCCAGGCAGGUGUACCAGAAGAGAAGCCAGAAGAGGAUGAUCUCAGAAAUGAAGUAUUACAGUUCAACACAAACUGCCCAGAAUGCAAUGCUCCAGCUCAGACCAACAUGAAGCUAGUACAAAUCCCCCACUUUAAGGAAGUUAUCAUCAUGGCUACCAACUGUGAGAACUGCGGACACCGGACCAAUGAGGUGAAAUCUGGAGGAGCAGUAGAGCCCUUUGGCACUAGGAUCACCCUUCACAUCACAGACUCCUCAGAUAUGACCAGAGACCUCCUCAAGUCUGAGACAUGUAGUGUGGAAAUCCCAGAGCUGGAAUUUGAACUGGGAAUGGCUGUCCUCGGGGGCAAGUUCACUACACUGGAGGGGCUGCUAAAGGACAUCCGGGAGCUGGUGACCAAGAACCCUUUCACACUGGGUGACAGUUCCAGUCCUGGCCGGGCAAUGAAACUGCAGGAGUUUAGCCAGAAGUUGGACCAGAUCAUCGAGGGUAAAAAGAAGGCCCACUUUAUAAUGGAUGAUCCAGCAGGAAACAGCUACUUGCAGAAUGUGUAUGCGCCUGAAGAUGAUCCUGAGAUGAAGGUGGAGCAUUACAAGCGCUCAUUUGACCAAAACGAGGCGUUAGGGCUCAAUGACAUGAAGACGGAGGGCUAUGAGACAGGCCUGGCCCCACAGCGGUAGCAGUGGGCAGUUCGUGGUUCAGCCUCCAGCACCGCUCACACGGCAGGGUUAUUUAUUACUAUUGUAAUGCUGAGGAGAGUCCUCCCCACCAGACUUUGCACUUGGUGCGGAGGACACAUUAUCUAAGUUGGGAGAAUAGGCACACUUCCUAAACAGUUUGUGAUGCAAGUGCAAGCCUGUUGUGUUACUUGACCUUAUUUUGAAAGUUUUGAAUCAGCCUGUGAAGAAACCUGGAAAUGAACUGUGGGCAUGUCAUUACCACGUUUCCUGAGUCUUUACCCUUUCUCCACAUAAUGCUCUCUAUGUUAGGCUGAAACUCUUAAGUU